AGGGCUACUCGCAUGAUCAAAUUCUUAGUCGUCUCGAUUCGCUUAAAUUUCGAGUUGAUUUCUGAUUUAUCCAAUGAAACGAUCCGUUACAUCGACUUUUCGUCGUGUAAUGCUUACACGUACACGAAACUUCCGUGGCAAGAUCUGCGGUAAUUAAUUCUAUAAGAAAUUCAUUUUUUUCUCCAACAACCAAGUUACAAGAGAUUUAUUAAUGUAUGCUGAUGCUAGGUUUAGAUCUUGUUAUUUCUGAUUCUCGAUAUGGCUCAAAACUACGGGAGUCAAAUCAUAGACAUCGACGCUUUUGAUAUUUCGAUGGACGUAGACGUCGGGAGAGGCAACCGGUAUGGAAAGGCAUCGCCGACAGCUGGGGCGUCUGGCCAACGCGGAUCUGGUGGAGGUGGACAUGUCCUCGGGCCCGGGCAUGAUGUUGGGAGUGGCAGCAAUUUUAUUCAUGGAACAAUUCAGCCAUUCUCCAGAUCUCAGCAUGGAAUGAUCUCAAGGAUUAUGAUAGAGUUAAGAUCACUCGUGAAGGAACAUAAAGCCAAAAGAAUCUUUAUGCUAGGGUUAAUAGGGGCAUUGUGUAUCAUCAUCAUGCUCCUAUGGUGUCAAUCAACUAACAGUAUAGCUUUGACAGCAUUCACCUAUAUUAUAUUAUUUGAUGUUCUAUCUCUUGGUGUUUGUCUCAUCACCAUCUGGGUCACCAAGCAAAAACCUUCAAGCAUUUAUACUUAUGGGUAUGAACGAUUUGAGGUCUUAGCAGUAUUCUCAACAACAGUGCUUGCCAUAUUUGGUUCUAUAUUCAUUAUGAAAGAAAGUACUGAGCGAAUCAUUCAGCCCCCAGAGAUUCACACUGGUAGGCUAAUGUUAGGAGCCAUCUUAGGUCUAUUCAGUCAUCUGGUCCUAUUAUACGGGUCUAGGAACCAAGCUUUUAGUCAUGUUAGUACAGCAUCUAAGAGCAGCUGGUUACAAGAACACUUUGCUGAUAUCUGCCAGAGUUUUUGUACAGUAGUUCCUGGCUUAGAUCAUCUGUUACUACCGAGAGUGAAUCCAUUCAUUCUAAUAGGAUUAUGCAGUAUGUUAUCACUCUGUGUGACUGACUUCCUGGUUGAUAUGAAUAAUUUUCACAUGGCAGACCCUUUAGCAGCCUUCUGUAUAGCUCUGAUGACAGUGGGAACAAUGUUUCCAAUGAGUGUAUAUUCUGGCACCAUAUUACUACAAACCACACCUUCGCAUAUACUGGGACAACUGGAUAAAAGCUUGAGAGAGGCAUCUACACUUGAUGGAGUAUUGGAGUUUCGCAAUGAACAUUUCUGGACAUUAUCAUUUGGUCAACUUGCUGGUUCACUUCAUGUGAGAGUCAGAAGAGAUGCUGAUGAACAGCUGGUCCUGGCUCAUGUGUUCAAUAAGCUUUCUCACCUAGUCAACAUCCUUACUAUUCAGAUCAUCAAGGAUGAAUGGACUCGAAUGAACCCUGUCUCUACGGCCAUUGCUUCUAAUAGAUCAACACUCCCAGACUAUACUCAUGGCCUCUCUACUCCAAAGUCUAUGUACAAGCCACCUGCAUCAUCUCUUCCAACUCACAUGACAAGUAAUACCCUUUUUGGUGCUGGAAAUUCAUAUGCACCUUCAACACCUCUAAGAGCACAUAGCACCCCGUAUGGGACACCACUCAAAGACAUCAGUUUCAAUACAGACAUGGAUGAUAGACCAUCGCAUGAUGUACCAUCCCCUGUAAUGGCUGAUCCUAAGUUAAAAGGAAUCCUUCGGACAAACCCAAGUGGUGUUUAUGGAGGAAGCAGACAAGGCCAUCAGUUUGUAAAGAAUGAGAGGACAUUACAAGGCUUAGCACCUCCAGGUUCAGGAAGUGCUGUCAUAGAUUUUAGUACCUUGGGUACCGGGAAAUCCUUCCCUACAACCACAAGUGCAAGGACUAACCUGAGAAGGUGAAACAACUUUUAUUCAUUCAGAUGCAGAUAUUUUUGCAAGAGAUUGACUUUAUUGAGAUUUAUUUUCCUUUGUCACAAUUAUAUAAAUAGUUACUAUUUGUAUGGGGAUUCGUUUAUGUUCUUCAGAAACUUGUUCUUGUGCUGAGUCAUGUGGGAAAUUUUUUUUCUUUCUAGAAUAUGUGUUGGGGUCUUACCAGUAUGAAACCUGUAUUCUGAUAGAUGGAUGUCAGAAAUUUGAACCCUAACAAAAACUUUAUUAAUUUUCAUGUUCCUAGCAAAUAAAACUCUGAAUUUCUAUAUAUAAACAACAAAAAAAACCAAUAUGAACCAUAAUGAAAUAAGAAACAAGGUUAACACGUCAUACCAUCUCAGUUUUCUAUCCCAAAUCACAAAUGUCUUUGAUGACUCAGUCAUGUUCAGGGAGCUUGUCAUAUCAUGCACUGUGACAGAGUGCAAUUUAAGUCAUAUCUUGAUCAACUGCAUGAAGACUUACAAUGUACCUGAUACGUCUUGCAUCAAAUAAUGGCAACUGUCAUUGUUGGAAGACAGCACCGACGAUUCCAGACAAGAAAAUGAAAAAAUAUGACAUUAAUGUCAGUAUUAUGAGAAAGCUCAAAUGAAAUGAAUACUGCACUUUAAACUCUAAUGUGAGUUGAUAUUUAUUAAUACAAAUUGUGCUACUAUGCCUUGUUUCAUAAAAACUCUGCAAUUAGAAAAAUGUCUGACACAAUCAGAUUCUGGUGUUCUGGAAUGCAUGCUCAGGCCAACUGGUUCUCCAAAAGGUUUUCAUAUAAGAUGAAUGAUCUCACAGCCUGGCUGUAUAUGGGUAUAUUGGACAGCAUGUUUUUAUGAAGCUUGUAUUCAUUAUUUUAUAUUUAUUUUAUAGCCAUUCUUUCAUGUUAAACUUAAUACCUUGUUCUGAAAUAUAUAAGGUUCUAAAAUAGCCAUGAGGUGUGCUAGAUUAGUAUUGAAAUUGAAUUUAAAUCACGUUUUCCAAAAAAUCUAUCAAUUGUGAAGAUGGUGUAACACAGUUUCUACCUACAGAUGCAUACUUCAUUCAUGCAUUCCAUCAACAUACAAGCUGUUGUACAUGUGUUCCUCACCCCAUUCAUUCAUGCAUUCAAACAAGUGUUUUUGUAUGA